GAAGAAAAUACCUGUUCCCUGAGACUCUGGGGGCAGCUAACUGCCUGUUUGUUGUAGUGUUCCUUCUGUGCAGGAGCACACACUUUGCUCAGUGAUUGUCUCUUAGCAGACUAACUUCUGUGAGGGUAGAGAUUGUUCAUCCUAGUUCCUGUCGGUUCUCUAGCUCCCAGUACAGUGCAGGGGACAUCGUGGGAUUCUGUAGAUGACUGGUGAGUCAGUCCUCGUUUGAGAGAGAGACACAAAUGUGUUUGGACUAGUGCAUGAUUAGAGCUGUGGUUUUAAAAAAAUCAUGAAAGGUUGAUUCUAUAGCGUGCUAUAAAUUAUGGAUCUUCCAUAGCCCAUUAGGUUUUUAAUGUUCCAGCUUAACUGUUUUAAUAAAAGUCAACAAAACUCCAGUGGCCCUGCUGGGUUGGGCCAUUGGAAGACACUGGGUUGGGCACUGUGGAUACAGAAAUGAGUAAGAUUCAGCACUGGCCCCAGUAAUGCAACGGAAUGGGGAGCUGUCAGAUCCACGAGCAGUAACUACAAUAACGCAGGAUAACAGAAAUUAGAGGUUUGUGCCAAUUGCUUGGGGAACACAGAGUGGGGAGGCGAUUCUUGGAGAGCAGGGAUGGGGGCAGGGCAUGAUACCAUGUCAGGGAAGUCUUAACAGGGAAGGUGACAGUGAGCUGAUAGCUGAAGGGCGAGCAGGAAGUUGUGCUCCUAGCCUCUCCCUAACUAUGUGGCGGUCUGUAGGGCACACCUUGCCUAUUUCUAGACAGUCCAGUCAGACGACCUAAAAUCGAAAUGCCACCCUCCCUCCAGUCUCAAUUCAGCCAUGUCGUUCCCACGUGGAAGCAACUGGUAGCCUCCUCUGAGUGGCAUUUUUUAUGUCAUCUAGAUUGUAGGGAACGACCCAAAGGGCUCAUUUUCCCAGAUAACCCAGCCUGAGUGUGGUCAGAGCUUCAUUGUGUAGAAGCAGCAGCUCAGACGUUCACUCAGAAAGCGUUUGCUGAGCGCCUCCUGUGUCUAGUGCAUCCUGCUUCUUGUGGGUGUGGGGGAGUUAGAGUGUGACAGAAAAGAGAACUAAGCUGUAUUCCCUGCCGCCGGUGUGGCUGUAAUCUCUCUGGGGACACACAUGUACACUCGCCCCUCUGAUACAACCUAGACAGUGGCAAGGGUCACAGUGAUGGACUAAAGAGAAGAGAAUUCCUUCUGGCCCGAGGAAGGCCAUUCCUUCUUUAUCUAGUUUGUGCAGGAAGGGCUUAACGCAAUCCUUGCUUCAUGGCACAUCCCCAUCAUUAGUUGACUAUUAUUUCACUGUGUGUGGAGUGCUUCCUGUGUGUGCUGAGCUGUGAUGGGUCCCUCUGGAAGCCUGUGAUCUAGUGGGUAGAUAAUUAGGAGGUCUGAUCUGCAACCACGAUACAGGAAGUGAGGUGGCGCGGAAGCUUGCGGCUGAGGACUGAAUCUUGGGAAAGGACAAUUUAAGCUGAGCCCUCAGUAGGUGAGGAAAGGGAAGAGGCUGUUCCCAAAGGAGACCCCGGCACGUGGGAGGGUGCAGAGGGCAGCACGAUGUCGGAGCUGCAAGCUGGAGCCACCAUGACUGGUGGGAGCACGGUGAGGAAAGGAGGUUUGUAUUUGAUCCUGAGGGAAAUGAGAGGUCACUGCAGGGUGUUUAGGAGGGAAGCGACAUGGUCAGAGUUUGAUCUAUCUGGUUGUGCAAAGAAUGGGUCAAGGGUGAGAGGAGUGAAGGCAGGGACAUGAGAUAAAGUGCUGAUCAGGUGAUAAAUGUGAUGAUUUCUCUGGACCAAGGUGGUGGCCUUGGGGAUGUAGACGGUUAGAAGACCAAGUGGACACAGUCUGGUGAUGAGUUGGAUGUGGGGGAUCUUGGAGAAAGGUGAUGAUCAGGUUCCUGGUAUAGAGCCUUGGGAAGCAUUUCCUCUCCCAGGAGCCCCGUGAAGGACACACCGUAGAUGCAGGAAGACGUCGGAUGAGGACAGCCCAGCUGAAGUGAGGCGUCCAGGACAGAGCAUGGCUGUAGCCCUGGAGGCCCAGGCCCAGGCGUCUCCCCGACCAGAGCUUGAAGAACUCCUGAUUGUGAAACUGGAGGAGGACGCGUGGAGAUCAGAGUCCAGGCCUCAGGAGAAGGACCAUGAGCCUGGCCCUGGCCCCGAGGCCUCCCGCCAGCGCUUCAGGCAGUUCCAGUACAGGGACGCGUCGGGACCGCACGAGGCCUUCAGCCAGCUCUGGGCGCUCUGCUGUCGCUGGCUGAGGCCAGAGGUCCGCCUCAAGGAGCAGAUCCUGGAGCUGCUGGUGCUGGAGCAGUUCCUGACCAUCUUACCCGGGGAGGUCCAGGCCUGGGUGCAGGCGCGCCACCCUGAGAGCGGCGAGGAGGCGGUGGCCCUGGUGGAGGAUUGGCACCGAGAGGCCCGGGCUGCAGGGCAACGGGAACGGGAACUGUGUGGAGAAGAGACCCGGUCCUUGAAGGCAGCACGGGAAUCUCAGAGCUUUCAGCGGCAAGCAGCCCAGCACGGGCCCGAGAGACCACCCCAGAGGCAGUGGGUGAGGAAUCCGGGCCCGGACCUUCCCAAGCAUCUCGACUCCCAGAUGGCGCCCCAGGCCCUGAAGGAGAGUGCUGUCCUCACUCCCCGAGUCCCUACUCUCCCAAAGACGGGGAGCGUUGGAGAUUGGGCGGUGACAGCUGAGUCCCAGGAAGCCCGGGGCCCUGGCAGACGUGCCGAGAAGGAGUUUCGCAAGGAGCCCCCCAGAGACAACCGUGGGAACGGCGUGUCCCUGGGAGUUCUAGUUUCAAAACCAGAUGUCAUCACCCAGCAAGAGCAAGGACCAGAAUUCUGGGGUCCGAGUCGUAUAAAUUCCAGAAAAAGGCGCACUGCAGAUUACAGCCUGGAUAAUGAGCAAAUAAAACCAGCCCCAGCCCUGGUCUGGAGGGACUCUCAGGCCUGGGAGGAACAGUACCAAUGGGACGCGGAGGACAUGAAGGUGUCGGGCGUGCACUGGGGCUAUGAGGAGACCAAGACCUUCCUGGCAAUUCUGAGCGAGUCUCCUUUCUCUGAAAAGCUCCGGACUUGUCACCAGAACCGACAGGUGUACCGGGCCAUUGCAGAGCGGCUGAGGGCACGAGGCUUUCUGCGGACACUGGAGCAGUGUCGCUACAGGGUCAAAAACCUCCUACGGAACUACCGGAAAGCCAAGAGCAGCCACCCCCCGGGGACCUGUCCCUUCUACGAGGAGCUGGAGGCCCUGGUGAGGGCUCGGACAGCCAUCAGAGCCACAGACGGCCCAGGAGUGGCUGUGGCCCUCCCCAGGCUGGGGGACAGUGAUGCAGAGAUGGAGGAACAAGAGGAUGGGAACUGGGAGCCAGAGGAAACGGCAGAAGACUGUAAUGGUGAUGACCUGGCCGCUGGCGAGUCCGUCCAGGGGCCCAGGAUUGCAAGGGGUCCGGCUCUAUUCCAGAGUCGUAUUGCAGGUGUGCACUGGGGCUACGAGGAGACCAAGGCCUUCCUGACCAUUCUCAGUGAGUCCCCAUUCUCUGAAAAGCUUCGCACCUGUCACCAGAACAGUCAGGUGUACCGGGCCAUCGCAGAGCGGCUAUGUGCACAGGGCUUCCUGCGGACACUGGAGCAGUGUCGCUACAGAUUUAAGAACCUCCUUCGAAGCUACCGGAAAGCCAAGAGCAGCCACCCACCAGGGACAUGCCCCUUUUAUGAGGAGCUGGACUCACUGGUGAGGGCUCGGACUGCAGUCAGAGGCAUGGGGAACAUCAGAGAGGUAGCAGGUCUUCCUACGUCUGGGUGGAGCAGUACAGAGGCUGACGACCAGGAGGCCUGGGAUGAGAUGGCAGAUGAAAAUGCCAUCAAACCUCCAACCCCAUGUCCUAAAACCCCACACACUGGUUUUGAGAUGAGUCAUGAGGAUGAAGGCCAGAGUUCAGAGCAGGAUAUUUUUGAGGAUUUGCCUGGAGUGUUAUCAAAAUGUCCUCCAGAAGUUGUUUGUCACCCUCACGAUUGGGAGGAAGGCAGUGAACAUGAAAAUGAAGAUGAAGAGCAGGCAGGAAAUCCACCACAGGAACGGUGGGAAGAAUGUUCUUCUGAAGAAGACUUAGAAAAACUUAUUGACCAUCAAGGCCUGUACCUUGCAGAGAAACCCUACAAGUGUGACACGUAUGUGAAAAGUUUCAGUCGGACCUCCCACUUCAUCGCUCACCAGCAGACACACACAGGUGAGAAGCCCUACAAAUGCCUCAAAUGUGGGAAAAGCUUUAGUGACCGCUCCAAUCUCAAUACCCACCAGAGAAUUCACACUGGAGAAAAGCCCUACAAAUGCUUCAAAUGUGGGAAAAGCUUUAGUGAUCACUCCAAUCUCGUCACCCACCAGAGAAUUCACACAGGGGUAAAGCCCUAUAAAUGUGGGGCAUGUUGGAAAAGCUUCAACCAGAGCUCCAACCUUCUAAAACAUCAGAGAAUCCACUUGGGAGGAAAUCCUGACUGUAGUGAGCCUGGGGAAAACUUUGGCCAAAGCCCCUCCUUUAGUGCUCACUGGUGGAACUUGACAGAGGAGACAAUUCCUGAACAACCUCAAAGUGCCAGUAGGAACUUAGAUUCUCCUGGACCGUACAGCACCAACUCAGGGGAGAAACUUUAUCGGUGUUCUGAGUGUGGAAGAACCUUCUCCAAGAGCUCUGCCCUCAUUAGUCACCAAAGAAUCCAUACAGGAGAGAAACCAUAUGAAUGUGCUGAAUGUGGGAAAAGCUUCAGUAAGAGCUCCACCUUGGCUAACCACCAGAGAACCCACACUGGGGAGAAGCCAUAUAAGUGCAUGGACUGUGGGAAGUGCUUCAGUGAACGCUCCAAGCUGAUCACACAUCAGAGAGUGCACACAGGAGAGAAGCCCUACAAAUGCCUCGAGUGUGGAAAAUUCUUCCGUGACCGUUCUAAUCUCAUUACUCACCAGAGGAUUCACACGGGAGAGAAGCCUUAUAAGUGCAGAGAGUGUGGGAAAUGCUUUAACCAGAGCUCCAGUCUUAUUAUUCACCAGAGAAUCCACACUGGGGAAAAACCCUACAAGUGCUUGGAGUGUGGCAAAGACUUCAACAAUAGCUCCCACUUCAGUGCCCACCGGAGAACCCAUGUAGGAGGGAAAGCAUCAUAGAAGACAACUCCCCCCACAACAAAAGAGAAAUGUGUAUUUAAAUCUCCCAAGAUUAUCAGAUGUUUGGUAGAAAGAAACAUUCCCAGUUUUUAAGCUUGGUGUAUACCCAAGGAAGUUAUCUUGAUAUAAUCCAGGUAAUUUGGCAGCGAAUUACAAAUGCCAAGGAUCCAAA